AUGGACUGCACACAGAUUAUUACUUUGUUGACAGGUGAUAGUUGGGGAUUUUGGCAUAUAAGCAGUGGUACUUCAGCUUAUCUUCAUGAUUUGUUCAAGAUUAAAGAUCUUGGAUCCCUCAAAUACUUCCUAGGUUUGGAAGUAGCAAGAUCAAAAUCUGGAAUCAAUCUUUGUCAACGCAAAUAUGCUCUUGAUCUUCUUAAAGAUACAGGUUUUACAGACUCUAAGCCUGUUCCUACUCCUAUGAUCAAUUCCAGAAAGCUUUCUAAGUCUGAUGGUGUUCCUAUCUCUGAUAUUCACCACUAUAGACAGUUAGUAGGAAAACUGCUAUACUUAUGCACAACUAGGCCAGAUAUUCAGUUUGCAAUUCAGCAGCUGUCUCAGUUUAUGGAUUGUCCUACUGACAUUCAUCUCAAAGCAGUCUACAGAGUUUUGAGGUACAUUAAGUCAUCUCCAGGCAGAGGUGUCUUCUUCUCUGCAACCUCUUCUCUGCAAUUACAAGGUUUCACAGACUCAGAUUGGGCAGCAUGUAUGGAUACCAGAAAGUCAGUCUCUGGCUACUGUGUCUUUCUUGGUGAAUCCUUGGUUUCUUGGAAAUCUAAAAAGCAGACCACUGUGUCCAGGUCUUCUUCUGAAGCAGAGUAUAGAGCAUUGGCAACUUUGACUUGUGAACUUCAAUGGCUUCUGUAUUUACUUAAAGAUCUUUCUCAGCCUCAUUCUCAAGCAGCUCUCAUUUUUUGUGACAGCCAAUCUGCUCUUCAACUUGCCCAUAAUCCUGUAUUUCAUGAGCGCACCAAACACAUUGAGAUUGAUUGCCAUGUUGUUAGAGAUAAACUGCAAAAGAACAUAGUUCAUCUUUUGCCUGUUGCUUCUUCUGGACAAUUGGCUGAUAGUUUCACUAAGGCAUUGGCUCCUACUAUGUUUUCUCAAGCUAUUUCCAAGCUGGGCCUACAAGAUUUGUAUGCUCCAGCUUGUGGGGGUGUAACAGAAGAAAUGUCUUCUUCUACAAGGAAUGCUGAUGCUGCUGCUAUUGGUCCAAGCUGA